UCUUGACUCCAUAACUUCGGCUUCUUAUUUCCAUCAGCUAUCAAAAACAGCUAAGUCACAAUCUCCAUAGAUUUCAGCAACCAAUGGACAUGUUGGUAGCAUUCUUCGCGCAGAACGCUUCAAUCGAAUACGUCAGAUACCAAUGGGUCGACUACUCCGGCGUCCUGCACGCAAAAGUGAUACCAAAAGCAUAUUGCCUGACUAUGGAGGCCAAUGAUAAGCGAAUCUCGCUUGCGCAGAACUGCUUGAUCGUUCCCAUAUCCACCGCGCCUGACUGUUUCCCCGCAGGCCCACAGCGCUGGGAGUUGAGUCCAGACUGGCCGUCCCUACGCGUUUGCCAUUUCAAGCCAAACCACGCCAUGGUAAUGUGCUUUAUCACGCAGGUAGAGCCGCAAAGUGGAACACCAUUCGAGAAAUGUCCACGAAAAGCAUUGUACCGAGCAGUCGACGCAUUUGGUGAUGAGACGCGUGUUCUCAUCGGCUACGAGAUUGAGUUCGUGCUGCUAGACGAACACGCAAAUCUCGCGUCGAGUUUGGAUCGAAAUACCGGAUUCGCAUCCAUGGCAGGUCUUCGCGGCGAAGGUUUGCUGAUCAUGGAAGAAGUAUGUGAGGCCCUACUCAAGUCGGGAAUAGCUGUCCAAGACUUCCACACGGAGAUCGCAGAUCAAUUCGAGAUUGUCCUUUGCCCAGAAGAUCCUGUGAGAGCCAUCGACGCACUCAUGCUUGCGCAAGAAACCAUCCGGUCAAUCACGAUCAAGCACGGAGUAAAGGCAUCAUUGGCUCCAAGGCCAGUGAUAUCUGGGCCUCAGAACGGACUUCAUACCCAUGUAUCGCUGAACCCUCUUCCCGAAAAUGCCGCGUCUUUCCUUCAAGGUGUUCUCGAGAACUUAUGUUCCUUAUGCGUUCUUGGCAUGCCAAACUUCGACAGCUAUGUGCGUGUCAUGGAUGACGGAGCUGGGUGUUACAUAAGCUGGGGUACGGAGAACCGCGACCUUCCCAUCCGCAAAAUUGGGGACCGCUGGGAGUUUCGGUGCGUGGAUGCCACAGCUAACCAUUAUCUUUUCCUUGCGGCGUUGCUUUCGGCAGGCCAUGAGGGCAUGAAGCAGAACUCUGAAUUGCGAUUCAAAGAUUGUAUGGAGUUUCAGGAAAACAUGACUGCCAUGAAGAUGGCUUCCUAUGGCAUCAGUGAGAGGAUGCCAAACACGUUGACUCGGACGAUAGAGGCAGCAAAACAUAGCGAGGGAAUGACAACAUGGCUUGGCAAAUCUUUGAUGGACGAAUAUAUUAGGCUGAAAGAAAAGGAGGUAACUGUAUUCCAAUCAAUGCACGAUGAGGAAAGACGAAAACGGUACUUGCGCUUCUUUUAAGCAGCUCGCUGUCGAUUAUUCGUACUAGCUAGGUUUGAGUCUCUUACCUAAUAUUGGAGGGUCCUUCUCCAAUGUUGAGUCGAUUCACGACGGACUUCGAAUCCAUGGAGAUGUCCGCACAUAGUCCUUCGGGAUGAUUCGGUCACGGUUUGCUCUCAAGACGGAAGGAAGUUUGCGUGCUGAAGGUUGUCGGGUUGUGCCAUGCAAGGACUUCAGUGCGCAACCGUUCGAUCAGCCAACAAAUUCCGCUCCACAAAAACAAUGCCUUCCGCCAGAAUUGAACUGACGACCUCGUCAUUACUA